AUGUCGACGGCAAUUCCACAAGUACCUCCCAGACCUAGCAAGUCUCAGGAACAGGGGAACACCUCUUCUGGUGCCCCUUCUCUUGGUGAUAAUAUACCACAAAUCCCUCCAAGGCCCGCCAAUCGACGUGCUGAUCGUUCCGUUUCUCCUGCUCCUGAGAGUUUCGCACGAUCGCCUCUCAACGAUAUGCCCGCUCACAAUCAUGGAAAGUCCUCCUUGUACGCUAUGAGCAGUGCCAAUAGCUCAACCUCAGAGCUCGAGGUUCCGCGUCGUCCAGCAAGCGUAGCUCUUCCCUCUAUAGGCCAAGAGGGUAGCGAAUAUGCAGAGGCUUUCGGAGCUUCGGAAGAUCUUAGCUCAUCGCCAGCACAAACAAGGAAUGUCGCCAAUGAUUUGAAGCUUCAUGCUCCUAAGCCUUCCCAUCCCGAAUCCAGCGCUAAGGCCAGGGUAUCUGCCGUUACUCGUACCGAUUCUAGCCAAGCUGCCGCGUACGGCAUAGGCAGAGCUGGAGAUGAUAGAGAUGCUGCUUCUCGAUCUUUGAGGAACAAAUCAAGCUUUGCUAGCAAUGCUUCUGGUAUCGAGCGGCCACCAUCGAGUACCGGUCAUGAAGAUGAGCAUGGCAUUCCUGAAAUUGGUCAACGUGUUCCCAUGUAUCCGAACGCAGGAGAUGUCCAAGCUCCAUCGCCAUCACCGUACUCAACCCCUUACGCUCCUGGUAUUGGUUUCCACAACGAUGGAUCAAAGCGUCACCAUGAGCGUAGAAUAAGUGGUCGUGGGGCAGAUGUUCCACCGGGAAGUUAUGGUCUUCAUGGACAUGGCAUUAUUCCUCACGAUCGCUUUGAAAAGGCCUAUUAUGAAAAACAUCCUGAGCUUUACAAGAAAGAAACUGCUUCUUAUCACGGACCUCUCGGCGAAGGCAGAGCGGACUGGGCGAUGAGCAGUGAUGACUUGAAUAGGAUUGUUAGAGAUACUGCCAGUCGAGGCGCUGGUCUUGCAGUGAUGAGUACUCCUACCGAACAGAUUGGAUUUCAAGCUUCUGAAGAGUAUGCGUCUCGCAUGUCUUCCCCUCGUCCACAGUCUAGUGGACAUCAAUCUUCUGGCUAUAACGUAGCGCAUUCUAAUGCUUCUCAAACCCACGUUGACUCGCCUUUGAAAAGAGAAAGCGUUCCUCUCGACGGCUCGAAGAAAGAGGAAUUUGAGGGUGCUUUAUCAAAAAGCCUCGAUGAUAAAUCCGAACGUGCUUACGAGAGCGAAGUGGAUGCUGAUGAUAUCAUCCAUGUUGAUAGUCGUCGCUCUAGCAGAAUAUACGAUCCGGCCAAUGAAUCGAGACCAUAUUCCGCAGCUGGCCGGGAAGAUGAUGAUCUUCGUGAGGAGCAUGGAUACAGUGCUCCAAUUCUCGCUUCUGAUGAAGUAUCAAAAAGAUCAUCUGGUUAUGAACUGCAACCUGCUGUUUCUCCGUCAAUUGAACGCAGAAGCUUCUAUGACGAUCUAACAUAUGGGAGCACACCCGGAAGCAGACACACUAGCCGACCUGCAAGCAUACAUACACCAGUAGUGCGAGCAACGGAAUCAGCGCCGUUGGAGGAAGUACAUGAAUACGAACCAUUGUUCCCUGAGGAUGAAAAACCAGGUGCUGUGGAAAAACCCGAAACUGCGGCUGAUCGCCUUAAGCGUCCAGAGACCCAAAAUCGUAAAUUUCCAAGUCAAGAUGUAUGGGAAGAUACGCCCAACAGUCUGCAGUACACUGCGACAGUUUCAACACCGCAACUUCCCGAUCCGGAUGAGGAUCAUGAGGACGCCCACAAGAAAUCAAGAGAGACCCCAGAGCAAGCUUUUGCCAGGCGACAGGAGGAGCUAGCCGCGAGAGAAUCUACAAGUACAGACAGUUUCUUGCAUCCCCAAAAGAAAGCGUGGUCUCAUAAACCACACCUUGCAGCAGAAACACGACCAAAUUUGCAACAGCGAUUCCCAAGCAGAGAUGUUUGGGAGGAUACUCCGGACAGUCUCCAAUUGCAGACGACCGUAUCGACACCCCAAACUCCAGAGGUAGAUACCGUCACGAGCCCAUUGGACGAAAGACCUACCACUGGUGCUGUCGUAUUUCAUCAGGAAAAGGCAGCAGCUGGCUUAGGACUUGCGCAAGAUGAAGGCCGAGCUACGACUGGUAUCCCAAUGACCAAACCAAGUAUCCCCGCUCGCCCUGUGAGAUCAAAUUCGCCUGACAAAACUCAACCUAUCAUCCCUGACCGUCCCGCACAGAAAUCCAAACAACUGCCAACUACGGAUGAUGCAGGUCCUCCUCUACCAUUGAAGUCCAAGCCACAAAUUCCUGCUCGACCAGCAAAACCCUCUGCACGCGAAUCAUCGGAGAACAUUCCAUUGACAACUGUCCAAUCAAACACUUCAGCAAAGUCGAUUGACUCCGAGGCCAGCCCUUCUGCUGCAGUCAAAGCAAAGCCACCCGUUCCUUCAAGGCCACUUGGUGGUAAGAUCGCUGCUCUGCAAGGUGGUUUCUUGGCGGACCUUAAUUCACGCUUGAAACUUGGACCGCAAGCUCCAAAGAAAGAAGAACCCAAGCCAGAGGAGAAAGUUGAGGAAAAAGAAAAGGCUCCUUUGUCAGAUGCAAGAAAGGGUAGAGCUCGAGGUCCUGCCCGUAGAGCACCUGCUAAAACUGCGGCCCCUGUCUCAGCGACCGCUCAAGAGUCGGUCCCUGCAACUUUAGCAACUUCAACACCAUCUACAUUGUGGAAAGCCGCUCCGCCUACCACAAAGGCAACUGAAUCUCCAACCCCUACACUUGCAACAAACACCGCGGGUGAAAGCCUUCAUGAUGCUACAGAAAUUGCAAGUGGUGCUGAGAAGAGUGCAUCCUCUCCAUCGGCAGAGAAGGACAUACAAUCGGAACAAAGAGAGGAUAUUCAGAAGGAAGCUGUCAUUGCUGAUGCUCACAGUAAUGAUGUCGAGCCGCAAAAGCCAAGUGAUUCCCCUCCUGUUAGUGACACUGCCGUGGAGAGCACAACUGAACUUGAAGCUGUGACCGAGAAUUAA